GCUUCCCGACAAGCGUCAGGAAUUCCGGGGUUUACACCAACUGAAGAAAAAGAUGGUAACCUUCCAGACAUUGUGAACAGUGGGAGUUUGCAUGAGUUCCUGGUUAAUUUGCAUGAAAGAUAUGGGCCUGUGGCCUCUUUCUGGUUUGGCAGGCGUCUUGUGGUCAGCUUGGGCACUGCCGACGUCCUGAAGCAGCACUUCAACCCCAAUAAAACUUCGGACCCAUUUGAAACCAUGUUGAAGUCAUUACUAGGGUAUCACUCUGGUGGCGGGAGUGUGAGUGAAGACCACAUGAGGAGGAAACUGUAUGGAAAUGCCAUGACGGCUGCUUUGCAGAGUAACUUUCCUCUCCUGGUAAAGCUUUCAGAAGAAUUGUUGGAUAAAUGGCUGUCCUACCCAGAGACCCAGCAUGUACCCCUGAGCCAGCAUGUCCUUGGUUUUGCUUUGAAGUCUGUCACACGGUUGGCACUGGGUAGCACGUUUGAAGAAGAGCAGGAAGUCAUCCACUUCCAAAAGAUUCAUGGCACUGUUUGGUCUGAGAUUGGAAAAGGCUUUCUAGAUGGGUCACUUGAUAAAAAUGCCACUCGGAAAAAACAGUAUGAAGAUGCCCUCAUGCAGUUGGAAUCUAUUUUAAAGAAAAUCAUAAAGGAACGAAAAGGAAGGAACUUCGGUCAACACAUCUUCAUUGACUUCUUAAUGCAAGGAAACCUCAAUGAGCAGCAGAUCCUAGAAGACAGUAUGAUAUUUUCUCUGGCCGGUUGCAUAAUAACUGCAAAGUUGUGUACCUGGGCAAUCUGUUUUCUGACAACAUCUGAAGAAGUUCAGAAGAAGCUAUAUAAGGAGAUAGACCAAGUUUUUGGAAAGGGUCCUAUUACUUCAGAGAAAACUGAGCAGCUAAGAUAUUGCCAGCAAGUGCUUUGUGAAACUGUUCGGACUGCCAGACUAACCCCAGUUUGUGCCCGGCUUCAAGACAUUGAAGGAAAGGUUGGCCCAUUUGUUAUUCCUAAGGAGACCCUCGUCCUUUAUGCCCUCGGUGUGGUUCUUCAGGACCCCAGCACUUGGCCAUCACCGCACAAGUUUGAUCCAGAUCGCUUUGCUGACGAAUCAGUGAUGAAAGUGUUUUCCUCACUUGGCUUUUCAGGGACAUGGGAAUGCCCAGAACUGAGGUUUGCUUACACGGUGGCCACAGUGCUAGUGAGCGUGCUGGUGAGGAGACUGCACCUGCUUGCUGUGGAGGGACAAGUUUUUGAGAUGAAGUAUGAACUGGUCACAUCAUCAAGGGAAGAAGCGUGGAUCACUGUCUCCAAAAGACACUAGACAUUAGUCUUUAUUAAGUAGAUGGAGGGAAAUGCCUAUGUAGAAUCUGUGCUGAGUCCUUUUACAAACCCAGCAUCAUUUUGUAAUGUAAAACCUAUCAGUGCUUUGUGAAGUACAUAUGGAUUUUUAUAUACCAAAAUUUCUUAAUGUGUAAUACACAUUCAUACUUAUUGCACCAAUAUAUUGACAAUUUUAAUAGGAAAGUUUAAUUUUUUUAAUUUGCAUCACUUUCUAAGCCAUUAUUUUUAAUCUUGAUUUUUCUUAGGUUGAUCUGCCUCUCUAUAUAUAGUUUUUCUUCCCGAGACAGGGUUUUUUUGUGUAGCCUUGGCUGUCCUGGAACUCACUCUGUAGAACAGGUUGGCCUCAAACUCAUAGAGAUAUGGGCCACCACCAUCUGGCUCAAAUGAAUAACCUUAGAAGUGAAUUCCUUUGUGUAAGUGGGAGAAUCAUGUUUUCUGAAUAUUCAUAAAGAGAAACAAUGCUACCUCCUUUUGCUUUCUAAUAAAUCACCUAUCACUCUG